CUUGUAAGGCCCGGCGCCGCGCCCCGCCCCGCGCCCCCACCGCGCCAGCCCGGACCCCACCGACGCCCGGCCAGCCCCGGCUCCGCACCCGCUCCGCGCACCGAGCCGGCGCCUUCUCCGCACCAGGAAAGUCCCACACGCCUGCAGCCAAGAUGUCCAGUAAACGGGCCAAGGCCAAGACCACCAAGAAGCGGCCACAGAGGGCCACAUCCAAUGUCUUCGCGAUGUUCGACCAGUCCCAGAUCCAGGAGUUUAAGGAGGCCUUCAACAUGAUCGACCAGAACCGAGAUGGCUUCAUUGACAAGGAGGACUUGCAUGACAUGCUGGCCUCACUGGGCAAGAACCCCACGGACGAGUACCUGGAGGGCAUGAUGAGCGAGGCCCCGGGGCCCAUCAACUUCACCAUGUUCCUCACCAUGUUUGGGGAGAAGCUGAACGGCACGGACCCCGAGGACGUGAUCCGCAACGCCUUUGCCUGCUUCGAUGAGGAGGCCUCAGGCUUCAUCCACGAGGACCACCUUCGGGAGCUGCUCACCACCAUGGGCGACCGCUUCACAGACGAGGAAGUGGACGAGAUGUACCGUGAGGCGCCCAUUGAUAAGAAAGGCAACUUCAACUACGUGGAGUUCACUCGCAUCCUCAAACACGGUGCCAAGGACAAGGACGACUAGCCCCCCCCCCCGCCCGGCCCCCAGGCCCAGGCCCCUGUCCCAGUCACCUGCUCCCCUACACCGUCUGCACUGGCUCCAUGCCCACGAGCCCACAGGACCCUCUCAGAGGACCCUCCCUCUGAGGGGUUAGGGGUCCAGCUCCCAGUGGAGGCCGAGAGAGCGCAGUGCCACACAAGAGGCACACAGCCAACGCCAGGCAGGUGUUCCCAGCGUGACCCUCUAAGGAAACACCAUUUUCUUGGGAGGUUGACCUGGAGGCACCAAGGGACAGCCCCUCAUGACAGCCCAGGCCUCAGCUGUCGCCCACCCCCUCCAGACUGUUCCCUGCAGGAAGGGCCCCAUGUCCUGGUCUGGACACCACUUUGCGUGCACCCCCAUGCAGGGUAUGAAAGCCCUUCCCCAGCCACUGCCACCAACACUCAAACCUCACCAAGGCCCCUUCUCAGAGGACAGGAUGCCAGGCCCCUCCCCUACACCCUGCCCAGCCACCAGAACACCCCCAGGGUUCUCCCCCUCCCCCAGGAGUGUGCUCCAGAAAGUGCGUGCAGGGUAGAGAUUUGUCUCGGGGAGGCAGAACCUCUAAUAGAAGGCUGAGCACUG